UACUCGCAGGCAAAUUUGGUAAAUUCAAAUUCUCUUCAGAUUACUACUAGAAGUUUCAUUUUUCAUGUCCAACAAAAAGUUUUCCUUAUGUAACCAGAAGUAUCAACUUUAAUAUGUAAUUAAAUUGAAAAUGCCCAUUCGCUGAUAGAGUUUUUUCAUGUCAAAAGUAAAAAGAGUAAUAUUCGAAGUUUCGAACUAUUCGCGACAGAUGAAAAAUGUCUUCUUAUGGAGAGAAUGGUCUAAAUUCAUCGGCGAGCAAUUACGUUGAAACUUAUCUUGAUUAUGUGGAAGCACUUCCAGAUGACUUGCAAAGAGAUAUUUCACAAAUGCGUGAGAUUGAUUUGAUUUAUCAAGACAAGCUGAGAGAAAUUAGCCGUCUUAUUGAUGUUUAUAAUGAGAGAAAAGAGGGGCCUCUUCGUAAAAGGGCAUUAAUUCAGAUACAACGAUGUUUGGUGAAAAGCCAAGAAUUGGGUGACGAGAAACUUCAACAUGUUUCGCAAAUGAUAGAUAUGGUGGAUACGAAAAGUCGUCAAGUAGAGAUUGAAAUGGAACUGGCUGAACUGCGAAAUGAUCAAUCACAUAGUUUGUCUAUGAAGCAUGACAGGCAAGAAGAUUUGGAUUCAUCUCAUAAAGGUGGUGAAAAGGUUAAGACAACAAGAAACCGUCGUCGAUUAAAUGACAAAGUAAAACAAGAGCAGGAAUCCAUCAAUGCCGAGAAAAGUUCAACCUUGGACAACCCAAAACCAUCAAAGAAGAAAAAAUUCAAUCGCAAAAGGAAAAAGGAAAAUUCUCCCACACCUGAUAUCCCUAUUGAUCCUAAUGAACCCACAUACUGUUUAUGCAAUCAGGUUUCAUAUGGUGAAAUGAUUGGUUGUGACAAUGAUGGGUGUGAAAUUGAAUGGUUUCAUUUCCAAUGUGUCAAUCUAACCUCUAAACCUAAAGGCAAGUGGUAUUGUCCAAAAUGCAGUCAAGAAAGACGUAGAAAGAACGAUAAGAAUGAAAAACAGGACAAAUCAGAUAAAAAGAAUAUUGUCACUUCAUAAUGCAUUUUUAUCUUGAACCAUUGCCCUGCAAUGUGUGCACAGUUUGAAUAUAUAUAAGUAAUUUGAUUAAAUACUAUUAUACAUAUGUAUAUCUUUUUACAUUGGAUAUGUUGUAGAGGAUCUUAUCCAUCCUAUAUAUUUUGUCUCUUAAUUACAUUCCUGAAAAUGUUUUGUUUAAUAAAUUAAAAAUCAAUGUUGCUUGAA